AUGAAUGGUGUAAGAAUUAUUAGGAACCUCCCACUGCAGUGGCGAUCAUUUUCACGAUGUGCAAUUCUCCGUCAAGAAGUUGCUCAAGCAGCAACUCCUCUGUCUAUUCCAGUACCGGAGGGAGUAGACAAACCUGUUUCCCCAAAAAUUGACAAAAUUGUCUCUGAGAUCACAAAUCUAAAUCUUCUUGAGGUGUCAGAACUUAGUCAGGUUCUUAAAAAGAGGUUGAAUCUUCCUGACGCACCUGUAAUGCCAAUGGGCGGGUUCGUUGCGGCGGCUCCUGCUGCUCGGGAUGAAGAAGAGGCUGCUCCUAAAGCUGUGAAGACUAGCUUUACUGUAAAACUCACCAAAUUCGAUGACAAACAGAAGGUGGCACUCAUCAAAGAGGUCAAAGGUCUCCUAGAAGGUUACAAUCUUGUUCAAGCCAAGAAGUUUGUUGAAAGUGUCCCCACAGUUGUAAAGGCUGAUGUGUCCAAAGAUGAAGCGGAAAAACUAAAGGAAGCUCUCAGCAAAGUCGGAGGCGUCAUAGAAAUAGAAUAG